ACCUUUCACUGGAACAGGCUCUGGGAUCUUUACCUCCCUCAGGCUCCUGGGCAUAAUGCCUUGCUCUAAGAAGCCUGAUUACUUACAGGGUUUGAGCCUUCUACAGUGGCCCUUGAGCUACCUUGCCGUCUUUUGGAUCGGGCAGCCGUUGUUCCUUUGCUUGCUGUUCACACCCCUGUGGCUGCUACCAACACUUUACUUUGUCUGGUUGUUCCUGGACUGGAAGACUCCGAAUCAAGGUGGCAGGCGUUCAGCCUGGGUAAGGAACUGGUCUAUCUGGACCCACAUCAGGGACUAUUUCCCUAUUACAAUCCAGAAGACAAAGGACCUGUCACCUUCCCAGAACUACGUCAUGGGGGUCCAUCCCCACGGUCUCCUGACCUUCGGCGCCUUCUGCAACUUCUGCACUGAGUCCACAGGCUUCUCGAAGACCUUCCCAGGCAUCACCCCUCACUUGGCCACACUGUCCUGGUUCUUCAAGAUCCCCUUUAUUAGGGAGUACCUCAUGGCCAAAGGAGUGUGUUCUGUGGGCCAGCCGUCCCUUGACUACCUGCUGAGCCAUGGCACUGGAAACCUCGUGGGUAUUGUUGUGGGAGGAGUGGGAGAGGCCCUACAGAGUGUGCCUAACACCACCACCCUCAUCCUCCAGAAGCGCAAAGGGUUUGUGCGUACGGCCCUCCGACACGGGGCUCAUCUGGUCCCUACCUUCACAUUUGGAGAAACUGAGGUAUAUGACCAGGUGCUGUUCCAUGAGGACAGCUGGAUGUACAAGUUCCAAAGCUGCUUCCGCCGGAUCUUUGGUUUCUAUUUCUGUAUCUUCUAUGGACAAGGCUUCCAUCAAGACUCCUUGGGACUCCUACCAUACCACAGACCCAUUGUUACUGUAGUUGGGGAGCCUUUGCCCCUGCCCCGUGUUGAAAACCCAAGCCCAGAGAUGGUGGACAAAUACCAUGCACUCUACAUGGAUGCCCUACACAAGCUGUUUGACCAGCAUAAGGUCCAGAAUGGCUGCUCGGACACCCAGAAGCUGCUUUUCGUGUGAUGAAGAGACUCCACUUGAGAUCACCAAAGCACUUGCUUUGGAGAGUCCUGGGGAAGGAAGAUGAAGGAGGCCAUGUGUAUGGUCAGGGAGGGGACAUUAAGAGCUCCUUUCUGACCAUAAUACUGCCCCUGGCCACUCCCUCACAGGAGUUGUCCCUGAGGAGUUCCACCCAAACAUUCUUCAGAGGGGAGCAUCCUGAAGCCGCUCUAGUCUCAGGCCCUUUCUGAACCUGAAAUCUUAA